UGUGUCGCUGUGUCGCUGUGUGGCGCUGCUGACGCUGCUGCAUGUAAAAUUAGCUGGCUGCAGCCGUUCAGGGACACCUCUUGCGGACCGCCGGAGCCCACAGUGCAAUAAAUAUGGCUGCAGAGCUUUCCACUUCCAUAAACAUCAAGGAGCCUCGGUGGGACCAAAGCACAUUUGUAGGUCGGGCUAAACAUUUCUUCACUGUCACAGACCCCAGGAACAUCCUCCUCACCAACGAACAACUAGCUCAUGCACACAAAAUCAUCACUGACUACAGGCAAGGUAUAGUCACUCCGGGACUGACAGAAGAUGAACUGUGGAAGGCCAAAUAUGUUUUUGACUCUGCUUUUCAUCCCGACACUGGGGAGAAGAUGAUCCUGAUUGGCCGCAUGUCAGCGCAGGUUCCAAUGAACAUGACGAUCACUGGAUGCAUGAUGACCUUUUACAAGACAACUCCAGCUGUGUUGCUCUGGCAGUGGAUCAAUCAGUCUUUCAACGCAAUAGUCAAUUACACCAACAGGAGCGGUGAUGCUCCAAUCACAGUCAGUCAGCUUGGCACGGCUUAUGUGUCUGCCACCACAGGGGCAGUUGCUACCGCUCUAGGACUAAAUGCACUAACAAAGCACAUCUCACCCCUGAUUGGACGGUUUGUUCCAUUUGCUGCUGUAGCUGCUGCUAACUGUAUCAACAUCCCACUGAUGAGACAAAGAGAACUUCAACACGGCAUUCCCAUAACAGAUGAGAAUGACAACAGGUUAGGAGAGUCGACGAAAGCUGCACAGCAGGCUAUCUCUCAGGUUGUGGUCUCCAGGAUCCUCAUGGCUUCUCCGGGAAUGGCUAUCCCCCCGUUUUUAAUGAACCAUUUGGAAAAAAAGGCCUUUCUGAAGAGGUUCCCAUGGAUGAGUGCACCUAUUCAAGUCAGCCUGGUGGGAUUCUGCCUGGUGUUUGCCACUCCACUGUGCUGUGCAUUGUUCCCUCAGAAGAGCUCUAUGUCAGUCAACCGAUUGGAGCCGGAGCUGCAGGAGAAAAUCCGGGCCAAGCACCCAGGAGUGGAGAGGGUGUACUUCAACAAAGGGCUAUGAGUGUGCAGCCCCCCCCUUCACCC